AUGGGAAAACGAAUAUCUGAAGAAUAUCAAAAACUUCAAAAAGAUCGAGCUAAUGUUAUAGAAGCAAGACAGAAGCUUGAUUCUCAAUUACAAGAGAAUGAACUUGUAGAAAAGGAAUUUAAAUUAUUAAAUGAUGAUUCAAAUAUUUAUAAAUUGAUUGGGCCCGUAUUAGUUAAACAAGAUAAACCCGAAGCCACUUUAAAUGUAUCAAAACGGUUGGAAUAUAUUAAAUCUGAAAUUAAACGCGUAGAAGCUCAAUUAGAAGAUUUAAAUCAGAAAUCAGAGAAUAAAAAAGAUGAGGUUAUCGAACUUCAAAGACAAUAUACACAAAACCUUCAAAAAAUGGCAUCCACAUCUACUGCAAGAAUUUCUCUUACUGUUAUUCUUACAAUCCUCAUUGCUUUCUAG